AUGCCCAAAGGAUUCCUGGUAAAAAGAAACAAGAAAUCAGCGCAUGUUUCCUACAGGACUCGUACCGAUGAAUAUGAGCAGGAGCAUCACAUCCCAGACUUUCAGAGUCAGGUGGACUCUUCUCCGCCUGUCUCUGUGGCGUCCUGUCCGGGCCGUGCAGCCCCAUCGCCGGACAUCGCAGCAGACGCCCCGAUCACCAGGCUGGAUGCUGAAGCGGUUCAGUUUGGCAACCCCGAGGCGAUGUACCAAGCCCUCUACAGCCCCACCCGGCCCAUCAGCAAGGACCAUGAGAGGAGAUAUUACGGGAGAAGUUUCAAUCUAGGCUCGCCAAUUUCUGCCGAGUCAUUCCCGACACCUGCCUCCAUCAGCAGCUUAGAUCAUCUCCUAUUCGCCCCCGUGGAUUUGAAAAUAGGCACCAGCAACAGCAACCGCAGCGGCAUCACCAGCAGCAUCCCGGCAACAGUCAUCAGGGGCGGUACCAAGAGGCCAGCAUCUGACACUGAGCGCAAGAGCAAACCUGCAUCCAAGAAACCCAAAGCCAUCAGAAAACUGAAUUUUGAAGACGAAAUGACAACGUCUCCAGUACUUGGUCUUAAAAUCAAAGAGGCUCCUGUCGACUUUAAACCCAGAACGCAGACAUCCGCAGGCGGGAAGCCUUUAGGAGAGUUUGUCUGCCAAUUGUGUAAGGAAGCUUAUGCGGACCCAUUUUCUUUAGCCCAGCACAAAUGCUCUAGGAUAGUGAGAGUUGAGUACAGGUGUCCUGAGUGUGAUAAGAUGUUCAGCUGUCCGGCUAACCUCGCCUCUCACCGGCGCUGGCACAAACCGAGAGCGCAGAGCGCAGCCGGGAUACCAUCCACUCAGAGAAUCAAAUCUGAAAUCGCCAAAAUGCCCCCCGCUGUCAAGUCCAUCCCGGAGGAAGCCAAAGACUCAAGAGCCGAGCUACUGAGAGACAGAGACACCCCAAGCCCAGGUGUGUCUGAAUCGGGCUCAGAAGAUGGUUUAUACGAAUGCCAAUAUUGUGGGAAAAGAUUUAAGCGUCAAGCAUACCUAAGAAAACACAUUCUGGGACACCAAGCCUUGCAGAAUAAAAUGUUCGAGGACCACGUGUUUCAAAACAGCGACAAAGUGGAAGAGCAGGUGCCAGUGUCCUCCUCAUCCUCAGAGGAAAACCCAAACCAAAGUCCCCUGAAUCUGAGCCCCGUGGACUGCCUUCUCUGCCCCGUUUGCGGGGAGAAUUUCCCCAACAGGGCCUGCCAGGAGAGACACCUGCGUCUCAUGCACUGCUCCCAGGUUUAUCCCUGCAAGUAUUGCCCUGCCACUUUCUACAGCUCACCGGGACUCACGAGGCACAUCAACAAAUGCCAUCCGUCGGAAAAUAGGCAGGUGAUCCUGCUUCAAAUGCCUGUGCGCCCCGCUUGCUAA